AUGGUUACACUUAUUCAACCAAUUGGAAACCAAAAGAAUUCGCCUGGAACAGUGGCUCUAGUAGAUUACGAGGGUGGAAUUAUACUAUCGGAAAAAAUUCAACAUGCUCCAGGGAGUUUCUUGACGGAUUAUGCUCAUGUUGCUAUCACUGGAUUUAAAAAAUUUGACCUAGAAAACGGGAACAAUUUCAACGAAAUAAGGGAUCAAGUAGUGUCUCAUUUCGAAGGAUCAUUAAUUAUCACACAGGCCGGGCAUGGUGACUUCAAAGCAUUUGGGUUAAUAACUGGAGACUAUGACACCUUUGAUAUUCAACACAAGUUUCUUCAAAAAAAUGGAGAAGAUAAUCACGGAUACCCCGUCAUGCAACCAAUUAGCUUACGCAGAUUAGUUCUCCACUACUUUCACACCGAUAUUCAAGACGGAGUGCACAGUGGCGAGAAGGAUGCCAUCUAUACGAUGAAAUUAUUUAGAAUUUAUCAAAACCUGGCUAAAGAGGAAUGUAUGAUAAACAGGUCCGACAACUUUCCAAUUAACAAAUUUGAUGACAUUAAAAAACUCCCAAAAUCUAAGAAAAAUAAAUAUUGA